AUUUUUAUAACCUCAAUCAAAGUUUGAUAUGUCUGAGGCAAAUUGUCAAUAAUGAUUUUUUAUAUUUCGUUAGGAAAAACAAGUAAUUUUUUGUGUGUUUGUGUUGUAAUUCAUAGAAUGUAUUAACGUACCUCACUUCUUUAACAUAAGUUCCUUACAUUUAAUCGACUGUUGUGUAAAAAUGUUAUAAUGGCUACCAUCGAAAAUUGGGUAAAUCGUAAGAAAGGUAAACAUGCUGGAAAUUUAUUCAAAUUAGAUACAAAAACUAAAACACCUGAACAAAACAUCAUAGAAAUCUUACAAGGGCUCUAUGUGAAGAAGAUAAACCAAAGUGAAGUAUCACCAGCCAUCAAACCAGUGGCUUCUGAACGGAGGCUGUUGACCACAUCGAGGCCUGUUCAGAACAGUUCCCGGGACAGCUUUAGACUCUCCUACCUGAACGCCUGGGUUACCCUUCUCUGCAAAGAGGACAGAAGUAGUCUAGGAUUCACUAAUGAAGAGUUUAUGACAUGUCUCCGCAUAAGCCUUGUGGAUGAAUCUGUGGUGAUCAGGGCAGCAGCCCUACGAGUCCUCCGCUACUUGAUAAAGACUGAAAGUGAUGUUGCAGCCUUCAACAAUCUCAAAAUACCCUACUUGGUCAUGAGAUCAAUGGACCUGAUGCUAUCAAACGAAGAAGAGCGGGCGCAAGCCCUACGCGUAGUACGCCGCGUCAUAGCCGUGGCCGGGCUGGAGAGUUCCCGGCGUCACCGCGCAGCAUACGUGGAGCCGGGGCUGCUGCGGUGCCUCGUGGCUAUAGCGCGCGCGGGCAGCGCGGGGGACGGCUCGGGGGACCGCCUGGCCAGGCCGGCCGUCGCCACGCUGGCCGAGAUCGGUGUGAUAGCGCCAGCCCUGCUCGUCUCAUGCGGGGGCAUAAACGCCAUCACUCGCUUCCUCGGCGAGUGCGCCACCCCGCGUAUGGCCGAGGCUCUGUGCGGUGCAUUAUUGCAUACAUUGGACUCGCCUCAUGCGCGCAGGAUCGCCAGACUGGACUUGAGGCCGCUGUGUGCGCCGUACUGCGACUUCCACUUUAGAGCUAAUACUAGUGAUAGUAGCAGGGACGAACGAGAGAUGCGGUUCACAUGCUCCCGCCUGGCCCUACUCUGCGUGUUGCGCAGUUGGCCCGGUCUACUGCACUUCUGCCACCCGUGCAGCGGCGGCGGGCUGCGGGCCGUGGUGCACGCGCUGCACUUGCCCAGGCUCGAGGUUCGCAAAGCGAUCCUGGAGCUGCUGUACGAGCUGCUGGGGCUGCCGCAGCCGGAGUGGACGGACGAGAUCUCCGUCGCGCUCGCCGCCGUCGACCCGUCCGACUUCCAGGACUCGUGGCGUCUGAGCGAGGGCUUCGUGGCGGCGGAAGGGACGGCCAUCUUGCCGCACCUCAGCGCGACCGGGCCCGACAUCACCGAGAUACAUCUGGCCUUGUUGCUGCAGUGCUUCUUAGAGGCCGGCCUCCUCGACGGUUUAGCCGAAGUGAUAGUGACAAGCGACACCUUCAUAUCAGUCCGAGCGACGGUCCUUUUAGGACAACUGUUGCACUUAAUCCACACGCUACUACCGCCGCAGAUAUGCAACAUCACCCCUCCACUACCCUCCCUCAUAGCGCAAGCUGCGGCGGGAAAACCACAAGCUUUAGCCGCCAUUGCUGCCCUAAAAAGACUACACACGAUGCUAGAAGCACGACCGGCCACAAACAGCCUGUUCCUAGACCAUAUAAUCCAAUACUGCAGCGGAGAAUUCAAAGAGAAGACGGAAGAUACGUCCAAAAGCAAGAAAGAAAAGGACAACGCGAGUAUGGCAACUCCUAAAGCGUUGUACAAAGAGAACAGUAUAGAGUUGCUGAACGAGUCUGAUCACGAAAGCGAGCCGAAGAGACAUAGUGUAGGAUCGCGGGCUGACGUGAGCAAUAGGAACGUUAGUGCGUUAGUGAAGAGUAAAAGUGUGAGUUCUAGAACUAGUGCCGCGGUGAGCAAAGUGACUAAGUCGAGCAAGUUCUUCAGUUUGUUUGAGACGGAGAGUGAUAGUUUGAUCCGGUGUUCACUCGUGAUGCAGAAUAAGGACGGAAAUCAAUGGAACUGGGAGAUUAUUAGGACUAUUCUCAAGGAGCACGACACGCCAAUCCUGAACCUAAACGACAGCGGGCACAAGGCGUGGGCGGCUCGCGUCAUCAGCUACCUGCGUCCCUCGUCCAACAAGUACUCUCACGGCGAGUUGUCCGCGGCCGGACACGGGCACACGGCCGCCCGGGCCGCCUGCCAGCUGAUUAGGAGGUUGCUUAGUCGGAAUGAUGCGGACAGCCAACGCCUCCUCGAAGACUUAUUCAGCGACGUGUCCAAGCAAAUCGUCUCAAUAGACACGGGCCGAGCGGCCCACGAGUGUCUGUUCAGCCCGCAACACAUGAGCAACACGAUGUGCCAGACGUACUUCCUGUUCGUGGGACAGCUGUGCCACUCGCGCGCCGGCCUGCGCCUGCUGCACCAGUCCACGCUGUACCGCAACCUACUAGAGCUAUCAACGAAAACGCAUCACAGCUGUUACGUAAAGCUUGUCAUCUCAAGUCUGGACUACACCAUCGACUCCUACCCACGAGACAUCUUAGCCAAGACCCUGACAUGCAACAACCAAGCCUCAAGACUCUACACCACUCGCUUCCUAAACGUCCUACUACGGGCCUCUCAGAAAUCCAGAGAGUUGGUCCGUAAAAAGAUGAAAUUGAGGAAGAGCGGUUUACAAGACCAAGCGAAGUGUUCGAAAGAUGAACCCGGGGUCGAUAUGGAUACGUGGAUACUGCAGAUGUUGGUGGGGCAGAUCAAGGAUGAGUCGAAAGAGGUGGUCAAAUGCGCAUUGACUAUAUUGGAGGAGGCUUGCAAUGUGUCGACAUACCUAGAAAAGCUGAUAUCCAUGAAGGACGUGGUGGGUAAGAACUGCCGUCUCGACCGAGACACGGACCCGUAUUCGAUCGACUUCUCCGUAGCGGGUGACAGAGGGUACCUGCUGUGGCUACAUCUGGAGGUGUCCUCUCUAGGGGACAACCCUGACGCGCAGGGGGCAGAGUUUCUGAAUAGACAUAUGGACUAUUGGGACAAGUUUUAUAAUUAUCGAUACGUGCGUCUAGUGGAGUCGAUGAUCCACCGAGCGCUAACACUAUGGGGCAGUCGAGGAGCCGAGCGCCCCUCCGCGCCCCCGCCCCCGCACCUGCACGCCGCCCCCGCCGCGCGCCCCCGCCCCGCCACUCUCCAGAUACUGAAGGAGGGUCGCUGCGGCUCGGAACAAGAGAUCAUGGAGCUGAAGGCGGCGCUGUGGGCGUGCGGCAACACGGCGCGCACCGCCCAGGGGUUCAACAACCUCUUGCAGCUGUCCAGCGGCAGCCCCGGCGACUCCAUCCCCGUGCUAACAGUGCGGCUGGCUCAGCACAGCUCGGUGUACUCGGUGCGCGCCACCGCGCUGUACGCGCUGGGGCUGCUGGGCGGCACGCGCGCCGGCGCCGACAGCCUGCUCCAGCUGGGCUGGCUGUGCGUGCGUCACACGAGACACGAUCAAUUCCCGAUCAUCGAAGAAGAGAACUAUCCAACAAACAACGGAUCCGGCAACCUACACCACCUGAUAACCUCCCCGGGCCGCCGCUAUGUGCCUCGCUUCGACCCCGACCACACGAUCAGCGAGCAUUCCGACCAAAGCAUCGCGGAAAGCCUCCACUCCGACCAAACGAAACACUCAAACAAAUACACAGAUAGAAAAGACCACGAUACAGUCGACGCGAGGUAUCGAGAAAUCGAUAAACGGAAGUCGCAUACGCUUCCGAUGCAGGGGUAUUCGAAUGCGCACGAGAAAGCGUUGACGGAAUCGCGUACGUUAGACAUUUUGCGUGAUUAUUCGAGUUACGAAAGGCCGGUUGAUAGUCGGUUGGUGGGAAGGAUUAACUCGCUAGAUCACCAUCAUGAAGGGAGGGUGAGGAAUACUAGUGAAUCUAGUACGAGUGGGGUCAGCAGCUGUGAUUCUGUGCUGGGGAUUCGAUAUGUGUUUCCUGACAGAGUGCUGACGCUCAGUCCGAUCCCGAGCUCGUCGAGUCUGUACGGACUGAAGGGAACCUCGCAGCGCCGCCCCGACCGCCGCCCCUCCACCGCCAGUUUCACGGCACCCGACGCGGCCAGUUCGCCGCCCAGCCAGAAGGACAUGGUCGGAUACGCGACUCUGAAGUCUUUGAACAGGAGCAGAAGACCACACCUAUCCGAGAGCGCGGCCACCGGCGCGGGCGACAUCGAGGAGCUGAGCUGGAUGCUCGAGCCCUCGCGACGCUCCAAGCCAUUCUCGUCCUUAAGAGAUAGAGGGAAGGUCAUCAAGGAACGCAUGGCGAAGCUCAGCCUCCUAGAAUACGACUGGAAGCCCAUAUCCUCAACCGACACUGGCAGCUCGCGGCAGUCGCCGCCGCCGCGCGCCGAGCGCCGCCCCGCGCGCGUGCAGGCGCCCGGCGAGCACACCUGCUACAUCGGCGUCUGUCUGCCGGCCAAUAUCGUCGACUUGUUCCCGAGGUCAUGGAUAUCGUGUGGACACACUGGCAGCUCGCGGCAGUCGCCGCCGCCGCGCGCCGAGCGCCGCCCCGCGCGCGUGCAGGCGCCCGGCGAGCACACCUGCUACAUCGGCGUCUGUCUGCCGGCCAAUAUCGUCGACUUGUUCCCGAGAGGAGAGAGCGAGGACUCGAUGCUGGACAGCUUCGCGGCGGACUCGUCGUUCCUGCUGGACGCCGGCAAGCACGCCGAGCCGCCCGCCGCCUACCCGCAUAGUAAAGAGGGUUCAGAAUGCGGGCCGCGCAGCUGGCGGCACUCGGCCAGCGGCUGCGUGGCGUGCGCGCGCCCGCGCCCCGCCUCCACGCACGAGCUGCGGCUCGCGUUCUUCAACCCGGUGGGCAGCCCCGGUGCGUCGCUGGAGGCGCCGCGCAGCCCGCCGCCGGAGCGCCCCGCCGCCCACGCCGAGCUGCUGGCGCACGCGCACUACAUGGCCAACCCCAUACACCAUCGACAGGCGCGUCCAGCCCUCAUCUCGCUCAAGCAGCGUCACCCAGAAGUAUUCCGCAACCCGUGCGUCUAUUCCGACGUGUGCCAACUGUUGGCCACCGGCACCUACAUGAUGUGUGCGCGACGGUUCCUUCAGGAGCUGUUUCUAGAAGUAUCCUUCGACUGCUUCAAGCAAGAGCCGCCCGAGAUAUUGGCGAGGUAUAAGACGCCGCCCGCCGUCGUUUAGCGUUUAUUGAUGGUGUUGGCCGUUCAAAGUGGAGGUCAGUGUUUAGGUACAGUUUGUUAGCAAUUAG